GUCUUCCGACACAUGGCCACCUCGCCAGCACACGCCUCGCUGAUCGGCGAGAUCGACUCGGCAGGCACAGGCGCCUACCACUCAGGCGACCCGCCAGACUCUCGCACAAUGUCUACCCUCCGCCGCCACGGGAUUCGCAACUACCAGCACGCCGCUCGCCAGGUGACCCGCGACGACUUCCGGACCUUUGACUACCUGCUCGCCAUGGACAAACAGAACCUGCGAGACCUGCUGGAUCUACGGGAAUCGGUCAUUGCGUCUGCCGGUGGUGCUGGUGCUGGUGCGAAACGGGGUGGUGCCAAGGGGAGAGCUGUGGCUGCAGCUGCAGUGGACGGUAUAGAUGCUAAAAUUGCCCAAGUGCGUCUGUUUGGUGAUUACGGGGUCGGAGGGGCUAUCCAUGAGCGUGUCGGCGGCGGGGAGGUGGUUCAGGACCCAUACUAUGGCGGUGCCAGCGGGUUCGAGGAUGUUUAUCAGCAGGCGGUGCGGUUCUCGCAGAAUUUCCUCGAUCACCUGCGACUCAAAGAAGGAGAGAAUGAAUGAUAGAGAGGUGCGAUGUGCAAUAGAUACCCAUGUAU